AUUAGCAGUUUGUCGAAAUCUCAUUUCGGCACAGGCAUGAACGCGGUUUAGCCUAGCCACCCAAAGGGGAUUUCUCAAAACAGAGGCAGAGGAUAUCGACGCUCAGCAUGCAACUAGAUGCAGCCGUGAUUGAGCUUCUGAAUUUGAACCCUGAGGUCACUUCGGUGGUCUCGGCGGGCGGGGGAGGUUGCAGUUCUGCUUCAACGAGCAAAAUCACGACGAAAGAUAGCGAUGGGAAGCCGAAAUACUUCUUCAUGAAGACCGGCACAGGCAAGGAUGCUAAAAUUAUGUUUCAAGGUGAACAUGCUUCGCUGAGCGCAAUUCAUGAUGUAGUGCCUUCCCUUUGUCCCCAGUCCUACGGCUGGGGUUCAUUUUCUGCCAAUCCAUCAACAUACUACCUAGUUACCGAUUAUCUCGAUCUAUCCUCAAGGCGAUCGUCAUCUUCAGGCAGCAAAGGAGUCCUGAGCUUGGCGGAGAAGCUUGCAAAAUUGCACACCACGCCAGCACCCAUACCGGAGGGAUAUUCUAAGCCCCAGUUUGGAUUCCCUGCUACGACAUGCUGUGGUGAUACACCGCAGGACAACAGCUACAAGGAGAGUUGGGCGGAUUUCUUUGCGAAUAACCGGUUGCUCUUCAUCCUGACGAGGUCUGAAAUGUCAAACGGGAAGGACGAGGAACUUCGCCGUCUAGUAGAACAGACCGUUUCCCAGGUCGUUCCGAAACUGCUAAGUGACGAGCAUCUCAAUCACGGCAAAGGAGUCACGCCUGUUGUUGUGCACGGAGACCUGUGGAGUGGAAAUGCUAGUCGAGGCGUCAUUGGCGGUGAAGGGGAGCCUCAAGACGUCGUUUUCGACUCGAGCGCGUGCUACGCGCACAACGAGUUUGAGCUGGGAAUAAUGAAAAUGUUUGGAGGGUUUGGCGGCUCUUUUUUAAGAGACUAUCAUAAAUUAUGCCCGAAGACAGAACCGGUGGAUGAAUACGACGAUCGAAUAGAGUUGUACGAGCUAUACCACCACCUCAACCAUCAUGCAUUGUUCGGAGGCGGUUACCGAUCUGGUGCUGUGAGCAUAAUGAAGAGACUGUUGCGCAAAUAUGGCGAUGCCGCCUCGUAGUAUUUGCAAUUGCUCAGGGGAGGUCUGUGCAGUACGUACACAUAUUAUGAUGGUUUCAGCUGGGAAAGAGUGUUUUAAGCUUAUUUCUUACUUACUACGUCUACCCAUGCAGGAGAUUGGUGUAUCAAAAUUAAUAUUGAGCCUAGACAAAAUUGCAGUACGCUACGGAAUUGAGGGACGACGGAUGACCCAACCAAAUUCUGAUGAAUAAGUGCUGGCUGGUCAGUAAUUUCGCGAGCACCUGAUGUGGAGCGGCUGUUUGUUGUAGCGCCUUCACGCGUUCCUACACAAUCGGGGAGACCGUGGGACGCGUAGGCUUGCAGACAACACUUCAAUAGCGCCUCGAGGCAUUCUAAAGACCAGUGACGACGUUUGCGCACACGUCAUUAAGCGAACGAGAGCUCAGCUGAGGUCCGGAAUUCCCACAAGCUCUACUUGUGAGGGAUCGAAGGGUUUUGCGGCAGCUGUUAUGGGCGGAAACAGAAAGCCGGCUAGACUGCGCUGAUCAAUUUUAUGUAAUCGAUCUAGCCACGAUUGACUUAUCUCCCCCAAAAUUGUGGGCACGUGGGUAAGGAGGGCUCGAGUGUCCUGGUGCCGAGGGACUAUUUUUGGACGGCCAAUUUAGGUGGAGAUGUGCAGUUUUUUCCUUGCUCGUAGCUGAACAUCAUAUACCUUUGUCGCCGGAUGCAAACGCGCUGGCUGGUAAAAAAAAAAUCCCGACGAUUCAG